AUGUCGUCGUCUCUGCGCCUAUGCUCAGCGGCCCUGACCGCCUACGGCAACGCGCCCAACCCCACGGCCAACGCAUGCUUCCCGACCUCGACGGCAGCCACCCCCCUGAACUUGGACGUGGCCACGUCGACCCUCACCAGCCUGUUCUCGUGCCUGCAGACGGCCAACGUGCUGUGCACCUUCAACGCCGACUGCCAGACAAGCACGUACACGGUCGGACAGGUGCCUUCGCCAACGCCCAGCAUCGGCGUCGACGUGCUGUACGACGGCGGCUUCGAGUCGGGCACGUACGGCAACUGGUCCGUCCCACAAAGCCCCAUCCUGCCGACGGAGCUGUCGACGCAGCACCCGCACACCGGCAGCUGGGGCUACCACGUCAAGUACGCCAACAUCAACGGCGGCAGCAUCGUGCUCAGCCGCGUCAUCCUCGGCAUCGAGCCCGGCCGCCAGUACACGCUCAGCGCCUGGCUGCUGCACGACAACACGGCCGCCGCGACCAAUUUCUACCUCUACGCCUACCCCGGCGCCUACAUGACGCCCGCCAGCGAGGCCAGCCUGCAGCCGCUGCCCGCCAACACGUGGGUCCGCCGCACCAUCACCUUCACGCCCGCGUCGUCGUGGCUGCAGCUACAGCUGUCGGGCGGCGGGCAGGUCAGCGGCGUCACGGGCAGCGCAGGCGGCGUCGAUAAUAUCUGGGUCGACGACAUCACGCUGACGCGGCUGAACUGA